AUGGCUUCACGGACUUUCUCCGCUGUUUUCGUCGCUCUCUGUGCUUUCCAGGACAUCAAUUCCGUGACGGGCAACGCCAAUGACUGCGACACAGAGUGUGCCACAACUUACCCUGGGUCAUAUUGUAAGUAUUGGAAGACGCCGAGCACCUGCUUCGGCUCGGAUGCCCCGUGCUUCUGCGGCACGAGUGGACCGACUGAGGCUCUCCGAGGUUCCACAUCCUCUGCUGCAGUCACGGAUGAGGUCACUGAGGCCGCUACAAGCGAAGAAGGUACGACAGCAGCUCCCGAAGCAACGAGUACGACUGGUUCUGAAGCUACUGUCGAUGCCACAGUAGCGGCCAGUACAGCUGCUGUGACCGAUGAGGUGGCUGUCACUACUGCACCUCCUGUGACUGGCGAAGUGACCAUCAGCACAGCAGCUGGGGAAGCUCCCGGUAGAGACAAGGAUGACUCUGAUGCUACCACCAAGGUCGCUACGGAGGCUGCAACUGUCACGACUACGAUCGGUGCUCCUGUUGAGCCUACUACUAUAACAUCCCCUUUCCCGGUCAGCACAGCUGCUGUGACUGAUGAGACUGUUGAUACUACUGCAGCCCCUGUGACUGGCGAGGUUACCAUCACCACGGCAGCUGGGGAAGUUCCGGGAAGAGACAAGGAUGAUGCUGAUGCUACCACCCCGAUCGCUACUGAGACUGCGACUGUGGCUACCACGAUCAGUGCUUCUGUUGAGCCUACUACUAUUAUGACGUCCCCUCAACCGGUCAGUACGCCCGCUGUGACCGAUGAGAUUGUUGAUACUACUGCAGCUCCUGUGACUGGCGAGGUCACCAUCACCACGGCAGCUGGGGAAGCUCCCGGUAGAGACAAGGAUGAUUCUGAUGCUACCACCCCGGUCGCUACUGAGACUGCGACUGCCACUACGAUCGAUGCUCCUGUUGAGCCCACUACUACUAUCACGACCCCUCAACCAGCCAGCACAGCUGCUGUGACCGAUGAGGUUGUUGCUACUACUGCAGCCCCUGUGACUGACGAGGUCACCAUCACGACGGCAGCCGGGGAAGCUCCCAGUAGAGACAAGGAUGAUUCUGAUGCCACCAACCCGGUCGCUACCGAGACUGCGGCUGUCACUACUACGAUCGAUGCUCCUGUUGAGCCUACUACUCCCACGUCCCCUCUACCGGUCAGCACAGCUGCUGUGACCGAUGAGGUUGCUGUCACUACUGCGGCUCCUGUGACUGGCGAGGUGACUAUCACCACGGCAGCUGGGGAAGCUCCGGGAAGAGACAAGGAUGAUUCUGAUGCUACCACCCCGGUCGCUACUGAGACUGCGACUGCCACUACGAUCGAUGCUCCUGUUGAGCCUACUACUAUCACGACCCCUCAACCAGCCAGCACAGCUGCUGUGACCGAUGAGGUUGUUGCUACUACUGCAGCCCCUGUGACCGACGGGGUCACCAUCACGACGGCAGCCGGGGAAGCUCCCAGUAGAGACAAGGAUGAUUCUGAUGCCACCAACCCGGUCGCUACUGAGACUGCGGCUGUCACUACUACGAUCGACGCUCCUGUUGAGCCUACUACUCCCAC